AUGGACGAUCACUGCCUCGAUCUUGUGGUGGUUGGAGCCGGCUGGAACGGGUUAUGCAUGGCCAGAACAUAUCAUGAAGCAUUCCCGGAUGCUGAGAUCAAGGUGCUUGAUUGCGCAGACUCAGUCGGCGGAUGUUGGGCCAAUGAGCAUGUCUACGAUGGCCUUCGUACAAACAACCUGCUCGGCUCUUACGAGUUCUCUGACUUUCCCAUGACAACAGAGCUGACGGGUGCCAGACCCGAGGAGCACAUAUCUGGACAUGGUGUGCACCGGUAUUUCAGCGCUGCCGUUAGGUACUUCGACCUCGAGCAGUUUCUUAAUCUUGGUUGCAAGGUGGAGUCCGCACGACUUCAUGAUGAUGGACGCUGGUGUCUAAAGGUUGUCCGAGGCCCUAGUACAGUGGCUAGCACUAUCUUCACGAAGAAGCUAGUCAUGGCGACAGGCUUAACAUCUGAGCCUUCAAUGCCUAGCUUCGUUGGACAAGACUUGUUCACUGGCGCCAUCCUCCACUCGAAAGAACUAAAAAGACUGGAUGAUCGGCUUGCUAGGUCGAAGAAGGUCGUAGUGGUUGGAGCUAACAAGUCUGCCUUCGAUGUGUGCUACGGUGUCGCGCAGCGAAGCGGAGAGGCACACAUGCUCAUAAGACCUUCUAGAGGAGGACCUAGCUGGGUCUGGCCGAGGAGAAUUAGGUUUGCUGGCUUCCGUACGUCUCUGUCGAAGCUUUCCCUCACACGCGUCUGGUCCAUCUUCGACCCAUGGCCGUUUGGAGAAAUGAGUAGCGUACGGCGCACGUUGAGGCGCAUCCUCCACAGCUCGACACUGGGGAGGUGUCUCACUACUGCUUUCUGGAUCGUGCUGGGCAAUUGCGCUCGACGACAUAAUAGGUACUCGAGCCACAAGGGAACCGCCCUACUGGAGCCAUGGAGCUCGACAUAUUGGAUGGGCAACUCGCUGAGCAUCAAUAAUUACCCAAACGACUGGUUCGACCAUGCACGAGCAGGGAACGUAGUCGUGCAUCACGCCGAGGUCACUUCAGUAUGCGAGCGAGAUGUUAUGACGACAGAAGGAACGUUACAAGAUGUGGACGCUAUCGUGUGCUGUACUGGCUGGAAGCACUUACCAUCCAUACGCUUCGAGCCAAGCAUUUCCGAAAUCUCUGGUAGCAUCGCAGCCCAUGAGAUAGACUUCAUCAUGGCCGCACGUGGUCAGAUCUUGCAAGAUACCCCUGCUCUAAGAUAUCGAGCAAGGGAUCUUCCUUUGCUCAACUCAGACAAAAGUGCACAAAUCGACGAUGUCGACGCCACAUACAGGCUAUACCGCGGUCUGGUGCCACGCCAGCCCAGCUCUAUGCUUGCGAGGAACCUAGCAUUCAUCGGCUUGGACUUCAGUCUGCAUACAGUCCUGCUGGCACAAGCUCAAGCACUUUGGAUUACAGCAUUCUUCUCUGACAGGAUCGACCACCUUCAAGACGAUAACGUCGACUAUGAUCGGGUGGCUCGCGAGGCGAUCUUGCUUUCAGAGUAUGAGAAGCUCCGCAGGCCGAGCUCAGCAGGCGGUUCUGGCGAAAAGUUUCCCGACCUUGUGUUCGACAGUCUGCCGUAUGUUGGUCUGUUACUCAAUGACCUAGGCCUAAAGCCCCAGAGAAAGCAAACUUGGUUCCAGGAAUUGUUCUCUGCAUACUCCCUCCAAGACUACCGCGGUCUAGUUGAAGAGUGGAAGUUGCGCCUCCAAAGGAAGGGGUCAUGA